GCCCGUUUCCACAGUAACCCUCUGGGACCCGCCCCCUCCUGGUGUCUCACUAGCUGUCCGCCAGAGGGCGCCGGCUCCCCGGAGAAGCGGCGGCGCCAUUCCGGUGUGUGAGAUACCGCCAGAUGGCGGCUUAGGAUUGCUGCUCCCUGCCAGGCGCGGCCCGGGGUUAGCCACAUUAUUUUUUAUUAUUAUUUUAUAUUUAUUGCACCCCCUGUAAUAACCCGGACUUAAUAAUAAUAAUACAACUAUAAAUUGGGACGAGCCCUGUGGUGUUGAGUGGAGACAGCGGCCCGGGGCCUGGGCCGGGGUAUUAACCCCCUGUCGCCGGAUCCUUUGUGCACCUCACUGCUCGCUUCGUUCUUUUCUGACCCCCUCAGGACGGAGCUGGACAUAAGGAGGAGGCUGGGGCCGGGAUGUACGCAGGAGCUUCUUUGUACUGAUGGUAAUUUUGGAAUGAAAGUGGAAUAAGUUCUGACAGGAUUUCAGUUUCCACUGUAAAAUCAAACUCGCAGAAGAUAAUUAAUGUCUCUCAUUGCCCUUCUUCACCAGCUGCAUCCACUUGUCACUGCUCACCGGUAGGAUUUCAGAUUCAUCAGUGAGACUUCUCUAACAUUUGGAUUUACAUUUCAAAACCAACCAUUUGAGUAAAGACUAUUGUGGAACAGCAAAUAUGAUCACCUCAGAGCUGUCAGUCCUUCAGGACUCUACAAAUGAAACUGCAGUCGUGCACACAGACAUGAGUGCAGUUAGCACUGAUAUGAGUACUGAGCUUGUUGAAGAUUUAGAGGUGAAAGGAAAGAGGAAAAGAGGCCGUCCAGGAAGGCCACCGUCUGCAAUCAAGAAACCCAGAAAAACACCUGCCGAUCGCAGCCGUGCCGAAACAGGAUCAAGAGGCCGUGGAAGAGCAAAUGGGCACCCCCAGCAAAAUGGAGAAGGUGACCCUGUCACCUUGUUUGAAGUAGUGAAAAUGGGAAAAAGUGCCAUGCAGUCUGUAGUUGAUGACUGGAUUGAAUCAUAUAAACAGGACAGAGACAUUGCUCUUCUGGACUUGAUAAACUUCUUUAUCCAGUGCUCAGGAUGCAAAGGUACUGUAAGAAUUGAAAUGUUCAGGAAUAUGCAGAAUGCAGAAAUAAUCCGCAAAAUGACAGAAGAGUUUGAUGAGGACAGUGGUGAUUAUCCUCUCACUAUGCCUGGUCCUCACUGGAAGAAGUUUCGCUGCAACUUCUGUGAGUUCAUCAGUGUUCUGAUCCGGCAAUGCCAAUACAGCAUCAUUUAUGACGAGUACAUGAUGGACACAGUAAUUUCACUGCUGACAGGUCUGUCAGACUCGCAGGUCCGAGCCUUCAGACAUACAAGCACACUGGCUGCCAUGAAGCUGAUGACGGCGUUGGUAAAUGUGGCUCUGAAUCUGAGCAUUCACCAGGACAACACGCAGCGGCAGUAUGAAGCAGAGAGGAACAAGAUGAUUGGCAAGAGAGCCAAUGAAAGGCUGGAGCUGCUACUGCAGAAACGGAAAGAGCUUCAAGAAAAUCAAGAUGAAAUUGAAAAUAUGAUGAAUUCUAUUUUCAAGGGAAUAUUUGUUCACCGAUAUAGAGAUGCAAUUGCUGAAAUCAGGGCAAUCUGUAUUGAAGAAAUAGGGGUCUGGAUGAAAAUGUACAGUGAUGCUUUCCUGAAUGACAGCUAUUUAAAGUACGUUGGCUGGACACUUCAUGACCGGCAAGGUGAAGUGAGAUUGAAGUGUCUAAAGGCCUUGCAGAGUCUGUAUACCAACAGAGAGCUGUUCCCCAAAUUGGAACUCUUCACUAACAGGUUUAAAGACCGAAUUGUUUCUAUGACUCUGGAUAAGGAGUACGAUGUCGCAGUUGAAGCAAUCCGCCUCGUCACACUUAUUCUACAUGGAAGUGAAGAAGCUUUGUCAAAUGAAGACUGCGAAAAUGUUUACCACCUUGUGUACUCGGCACACCGGCCUGUAGCUGUAGCAGCUGGAGAAUUUCUUCAUAAAAAGUUAUUCAGUAGACAUGAUCCGCAAGCUGAGGAAGCCUUGGCCAAAAGGAGGGGAAGGAGCAGUCCAAAUGGAAACCUUGUUAAGAUGUUAGUCCUCUUUUUUUUAGAAAGUGAGUUACAUGAGCAUGCUGCUUACUUAGUGGAUAGUUUGUGGGAAAGUUCUCAGGAGCUUCUUAAAGACUGGGAAUGUAUGACAGAACUGCUGGUUGAGGAGCCUAUGCAGGGGGAGGAAGUGAUGUCGGAGCGUCAAGAGAGUGCAUUGAUUGAGCUUAUGGUCUGCACAAUCAGACAGGCUGCAGAAGCACACCCUCCUGUGGGCAGAGGAACUGGCAAAAGGGUAUUAACUGCUAAAGAAAGAAAAACUCAACUAGACGAUAAGAAUAAGCUGACAGAACAUUUCAUUGUUGCACUUCCAGUACUGCUUUCUAAGUAUUCCGCUGAUGCAGAGAAAGUGGCAAACCUCCUACAGAUCCCUCAGUAUUUUGAUCUAGAGCUGUACAGCACUGGUAGAAUGGAAAAGCACCUAGACAGCCUGCUUAAGCAAAUUAGAUUUGUGGUGGAAAAGCACAUAGAGUCUGAUGUGUUGGAAGCCUGCAGUAAAACCUACAGCAUUCUAUGUAGCGAAGAGUACACAAUUCAGAACCGUGUCGAAAUUGCACACAGCCAACUGAUUGAUGAGCUUGCUGAUCGAUUCUCACAUGCUGUAGAAGAACUGCUACAGGAGGCAGAGGAAGCAGAUGAAGACGAGAUUUACAAUGUUAUGGCCUCAUUGAAACGUUUAACAUGCUUUCACAAUGCUCAUGAUUUGACGAAGUGGGAACUUUUUGUAAGCUGUUACCGAUUAUUAAGGGCUGGAAUUGAGCAUGAAGGAAUGAUGGAGCAGAUUGUUGUGCAAGCUCUCCAGUGCUCACACUACUCCAUUCUCUGGCAGCUGGUGAAGAUCACAGAGGGCAACCCUUCCAAAGAGGAAAUGUUGACAUUGCGAAAAACUGUAAAAACUUUCUUAGCAGUGUGUCAGCAAUAUCUCUCAAGUGUAACUACAACUGUGAAAGAACAGGCCUUCAUGCUGCUCUGUGAUCUCCUUAUGAUAUUCAGCCAUCAAUUAACAACAGGAGGCAGAGAGAAUCUGGUGCUGCUUGUUUUUAAUCCAGAUGUGGGACUGCAAUCUGAGCUGCUAAAUUUUGUCAUGGAUCAUGUAUUUAUUGACCAGGAUGAUGAAAACCAGAGCAUGGAGGGAGACGAGGAGGACGAAGCCAAUAAAAUUGAGGCAUUGCACAAAAGAAGAAACCUGCUUGCUGCUUUCUGCAAACUUAUCAUCUAUGAUAUUGUAGAUAUGCAUGCUGCUGCAGAUAUCUUCAAGCACUACAUGAAGUAUUACAAUGACUAUGGGGACAUUAUUAAAGAAACACUAAGCAAAACAAGACAGAUGGACAAAAUACAAUGUGCAAAGACCCUCAUUCUUAGUUUGCAGCAGCUAUUCAAUGAGCUGGUCCAAGAGCAAGGUCCCAAUCUUGACAGGACAUCUGCACAUGUCAGUGGCAUUAAGGAGCUGGCCCGAAGAUUUGCACUCACAUUUGGUUUGGAUCAGAUUAAAACAAGAGAGGCAGUGGCCACUUUGCACAAAGAUGGAAUAGAGUUUGCCUUUAAAUAUCAAAAUCCUAAAGGGCAGGAGUACCCCCCUCUGAACUUAGCCUUCCUGGAGGUGUUAAGUGAGUUUUCCUCGAAGCUCCUGCGGCAGGACAAGAAGACUGUACAUUCUUACCUGGAAAAGUUCCUCACAGAUCAAAUGAUGGAGAGGAGGGAAGAUGUUUGGCUUCCUCUCAUCUCCUACAGAAACUCACUGGUUACAGGCGGAGAUGAGGACAGACUGUCUGUGAAUAGUGGAGGAAGUAACAGCAAAGGUUCUUCAGUAAGAAGUAAGAAAGGCCGACCUCCCCUACAUAAGAAAAGAGGUGUAGAAGAGGAAAGUAUUGACAACUCCUGGGUGACCAGGAACGAUACAAUGCAGACUCCUGGAGCACUAACAACACCACAGCUAACAUCAACUGUGCUGAGGGAAAAUCCUCGUCAGUUACCAGAACAGAUACCUGAGCAGGAGUCAGAACACAGCUCAGAACCAGACUUUUUGCAUAACCCUCAGAUUCAAAUGUCCUGGUUGGGCCAACAGAAAUUAGAAGAUUUAAAUCGAAAGGAUAGAACGUCUAUGAGUUACAUGAAAGUUAGGAGUGGUGUACGACAUGCAGUGCGUGGUCUAAUGGAGGAUGACGCAGAACCAAUUUUUGAAGAUGUUAUGAUGUCAUCACGAGGGCAGCUAGAAGACAUGAAUGAGGAGUUUGAGGACACAAUGGUUAUUGAUCUUCCUCCUUCAAGAAACAGGCGGGAGAGAGCAGAGCUCCGGCCAGAUUUCUUCGAUUCUGCAGCCAUCAUUGAAGAUGAUUCAGGAUUUGGAAUGCCAAUGUUCUGAGUUUUGGUACCUACCAUGGAACUCUUUGUCAAAAGGCCUGUAUACUGUGAGCUUCUGCGAGAAACUAUUUCUGUUUUUCUUUUUGUUCAAACCAAAUUAUUUCGGUAAUGAUGGAUUUCGGCCUGGGAACAGUCCCGUGUCCCGCAAGGAAUUCAGUAAUGCCAUCUUUUUGGAUUAGUAUUGGUAGAUCUAAGCUGCAACUAUCAGUUUGCAUUUCUACAACUGCUUUGAAAGGAAGCUAAAUUAUAAUAACUAAAAAAAACCCUGGAAAAACAAAGCCUGUUUUCUGGACAACCCAUCAUUGUUACACCUAUUUCUACUGUAAAACUAAACAUUUCAACAGUUCUUGGUUUUUUUUUUCCCACCGAAGUUAACUUUUGGUUUUACGUUAAACUCAUGUUAAAUAUCAAGCAGGCAUGGAGGAUGCUGCCUAUGGCCCCACUUUAUGGAAAGGAACAAGAACAGACUUUGGAAAUGCACUGGAAUAAAAUAUUAAAAGACAAUGCUAAAGAACGGAAGCCAUUUUGUGUCAC